AUGGUUGCCAUCGCCCGCUCCUUCGGCGCCGCCCGCCUGGCCGCCCGUUCCGUCCAGACCAGCAAGCCUGCUGCGCGCUUCAUCUCCACCAAUGCCCAGCCCAAGAACUCGCUCGUCAUGAACGGCGCCGUCCGCAACGCUUUCAAGAACAACGCCGGCCGCCAGAUCAUCCAGAGCCGUGGCAUCGUUGCUGAGUCGACCGCCGCCGCCAUGGUCGCCGCCGCCAAGAUUCAGGGUGCUGGUAUCGCCACCGUCGGCCUUGCUGGUGCUGGUGUUGGUAUCGGUACGGUUUUCGGUGCCCUCAUCCAGGGUGUCGCCCGCAACCCGUCUCUCAGGGGUCAGCUCUUCCAGUACGCCGUUCUCGGUUUCGCCUUCGCCGAAGCUACUGGUCUCUUCGCUCUCAUGAUGUCCUUCUUGCUCCUCUACGUUGCAUAG